CCUAUGUCAUACCAUGUGUUUGUUUAUUUAUUAUUCAUAUGUGGUUAAGAAGAUGAUGUACUUUGUACAAGUCUUAAUAAAAUAUCUGUUCUGUUCUGUUCUGUUAUAACUGAAAUUGUGAUAGUAUAUAUAUUUGUGUAGAUUUAAACUUAAACAAACACAAUACAGAGAAUACAUUUGAAAGGACUUAGCAGCUAUGGAAAAAAUGAAACUAACAGUUGUCGGCGACGGCGGCGUCGGCAAGAGUUGUCUUCUUAUAGCAUACACAACCAGCGCGUUUCCGUCGGAGUACGUCCCGACGGUGUUUGACAAUUACUGUGCCGAUGUAAUGGUUGAUGGAAAAGAGGUCAGUUUGGCCCUCUGGGAUACCGCGGGACAGGAGGAUUACGACCGCCUCAGACCCCUUUCCUAUCCAGGGACGGACGUGUUUUUCAUCUGUUUUGACCUUAGCACAUCAUCUUCAUUUGAAAACGUGGAGCCAAUAUGGCUACCGGAAGUGAGACAUUAUUGCCCAAAUACACCGAUUGUACUAGUCGGAUGCAAAGCUGACCUGCCGUCCGCAGCAUCCGCAGCCGACAUCGACACGCUAACCAAAACUCAUGGACUCAAAUACUGUGAAACCAGCGCCCUCACCCAGAAGGGACUGAAGAUCUGCUUUGAUGAAGCAAUACGGUCAGUUCUGAACGCACCAAAGACAAAGAAAUCCAAGGGUUUUUUCGGUAAAUCGAAAAAGACCAUCCCAGACCCGCCAGUUAUGCCCCAGACAGGUACCGCGCCAAAAAUCGACAUUGAGACGUCAACGUUUGGUGAGGACUGGUACCGGAUUUUACAAGAUCCUCGUCACUGUGACGUCACAUUCCGGUUGGCCGGCAGUCACAGUCUUGACGCCCAUUCACUCGUGUUGUGUGCCGCCUCCAAGAUGUUUGCUAAAAUAUUUGGAGUUUCGAAACCGAUAAAGAAUAACCAGAUGAAAGAAAUAAACGCCAUAGACAACUUCUCAUUUGAGCAGCUCAACUCCGGUGCGGUACCAGGAAUCGCUGCUGUGUAUGGAAAGGAUGCCGAGGUCAAAGGUGAAGGUCAAACACGAGUGCACACUGUUGUGGAGUUGAGCGAGGAUAUACUGGCCAAGACAUUUAUCAGAGUUCUGGAAUUCUUGUAUUCAGGCGUCCCGCGUUUCCCUGACCCUGAUGAAGUCAGCGAGGACGAGAUCAAAGACUUGGAGCGCGUUGCGAAGAUCUUCCGACUGAGCUACUUGGAGACGAUUUGUAAUAAUCUGCUCACAGAACAAGAGUUCCUGAAUCCAAGUAUUGGCACGUUCUUGAAUGACGAGACAGGCGCUCGUAUGAAACAGUUGUUCUUUAACAAUGCGGAUGGCGCGGAUGUCGUUUUUAACGUUGGAGGUUCCCAUAUUUACGCAAACAAGUGCGUGUUGAGCACGCGGUGUGACGUCAUGGCGGCCAUGUUUAGUGGGAACUUUGUAGAGAGCAAGUCUAACAUGACGGAGAUUCACAUACCAAAUACAACAGAAGAGACCUUCUUGGCAUUCCUCGAGUAUCUCUACACCGACCAUUCACCCAUUGAGGAUUCCGACGCCGUCGUCAUCAUAGUUCUUGCCGACGAGUAUGGUCAGAGACGCCUGAUAAACCUCUGUGAACUAUACAUCACCAAAGAGAUUGAUAGGAGUGUGACAAAGCAGAUCGAACGUUCGGAAAUUGACGUCAUCGGAUUGUUGUUGACGUCACAGGCCUACAACGCUUCACAAAUCGCAAACUGGUGUCUGUUUUUCAUUGCGAGUAACUACUUAGCCUUCGAGAAGAGACCUGAAUUUCCACAACUCAAGGGAGAUAAUAAAAACUAUGUGGAAGAAAACAGGUGGCCUCCCUUGUCCUAUUUAAAGGACGUUGAAGAGUAUGACCGGAAAUACGGAUCAAAGAGUAAAGACGCAUGCGCAGUGAUGUGAGAGAAAAAUUGACGUUUAAAUAAAUGUUUAUAAGUAUUGGGAAAAUACGGGAAAAGUGCCGUCCCUUCUGAUUUAACUUAACUGGUCAUUUAGUUGCCAACGUUUAAGUGAAAGUGAACAGAUGUGUCCUCUACACCAUUAUAAACAGCUUUACGAAACGACCGAAGAGAUAUUGUUCACUAAAAGUUUACUCUUCAUUGUAAAUCAGGAGAAAAAAAGUGAUAAAACACUCCCAAAAAUGCACCAUUUUUUUUUACAUGAUUCCCCCCCCCCCGCAGCAAUAUUACAAACUGAAUGAAUUUCGGUUCUGAGGGAGGGUCGCAAGUCAUUGUUAAGCCCCUAAGUUACGCCUCCAGCCUGGAUAAGCUGUUAAGAGUUCUUCUCAAUUCUGUAUAUUUAUUGUUGUGUGCAUAUAAUUUAUAUCAUGAGUUUAUUUUUCGUCAAAAGUGCGGACUUCCCCUUGCAAAUGAUUAAUAUCUAUGCUCAAAUCGUGUAAAAAUUGUGUACAAAUUGUAAUUUCGUAUUUGGGGAAGAACAUAGUACAUUAUAUGUAUAGAAACAUACUUGUAAAAAACAUGUUUACGUUAUUCAAAACAGAUUUGUCAGUUUGUUUCAAUUACCAGAAGCAGUUUCGGUGGGGGGGGGGAGGGCACCCGGCACUCUUUCCCCUAAAAUCGUCCUAAUUUACUUUUUAAGUCAAUAUUGGAGAGAAAAGUCAUAAAAUUUGCUCAAAUUUCGGACUAGUUAUUGUUAAAUUUACACCCCCUCUAACAUCAAUUCCAGGAUCCGCCCCUGCCUUUAUGUUUGUGUUUUAUGUUGAAAUUUGAAAUGUGUGUUACAUGUAUAUUGUUGUACAAUUUGUAUAUAAUACGGUUAUUUAAUGUGCAAUUUUUACUAUAUAUUGAUUUUAAUAGUUAUACUGUCUUCGGAUGAGGCUUUUUAUUUUAUUUUACCAUUAUUGAUAUUUGUUGCAACAAGUGUGAGACUAGGUGCAUAUAAACUAGU